AUGUUUAACUAUUUCCUAAAAGGAGUUAGUAAGUGCCAGGACAGAGCUGAUGUGGUGCAUUUGAGCCGCAAGUUAAUCCAGAACAUGCACCUGUUAGAUACACAAGAAAUAUCUCUUUGCCUAAAUAAACUUUCGAAGGUAAAUUUUGAAGACAAAACCUUUUGGAACAACAUCUGUCGGAUAAUCACCACUACAGAUGUUCGGGUGGUUGGAAAGUUCAAGUGCCUGCGGGGGAGGAAGGGAGGGGACAGGGUUACCGAAGGGGUAGGAAUGACAGAAAGUGCUAGCAACGGCGUGAGGGAACGAUGUGUUAGCAACCCUUCCGAUGGUGGCUACGACGCAACGACUCCUGAACAGAGGAGGGAUACUGUACCACAAAAAGGGGAUCUACUCAACAGGACUGCCCUUAGGCCAAAUGAGAGAAGCGUGGAAAGUAGUCGACCCAACGAUGGAACCGACCGGAAAGACAAAUUGUUGUACCACUUCAACAUGGAGGAACUGUGCCUUGUUCUGAACGCAUUAGCAAAAGUAAACGUGAGGAACGAAGAAAUAUUAAAAUUAGCAUUACAAAAAAUAAUAACAGAAUUUGAGAUGAGCCGGCAUGUUGUGAACAUGAUUAAAGCGGUUGGAAGUUUCGGUGUAGGCAAUCCUGGUAGUAGUGACGGAGGUAGUAGUGGCGGAGGUAGUAGUGAUGGAGGUAGUAGUGAUGGAGGUAGUUGUGAUUCCAUGGAACAGGCGCUUCGUAACGUUUAUCAAAAUUAUGAUAGUAUGAGUAGAAAUCUCACGGAGAGGGAUAUCAGCGUGCUCAUUCGGGUAAUGUUAACGUGGGGAAAUCAAACAGGGGGGAUCCAAACGGGGGGAAUCCAAACGAAGGGGGGAGAGGCAAAUGUGAAGCAGACAAGUGGGAUCCCCCCCUCAAAGACACCACAUGAGGAAGAGGUCACUCAUUUAGGAAGUAACAAUGUCGGUAUGAAUAAUGUCAAUGGGAACCAUGUCGGUGAUAACCCUGUCGGUGAUAACCAUGUCGGUGGAAACCAUGUCGGUGGAAACCAUGUCGGUGGAAACCAUGCCGGUGGAAACCAUGUCGGUGGAAACCAUGCCAGUGGAAACCAUGUCGGUGGAAACCAUGUCGGGGUGAACACUGCCAGUGGGAACCAUGUCGGCGGCAACACGACGGCAAACGCACUGAUCGAAAAACUCAUCAACAGCGUGAAAAAAAUUAACCACAUAAGUGAGCAGAGCAUCGCUCUAAUCCUAAACGCAUGCACAAAGUCGUGCGUAAAAAACAAGGCCCUGUUGGAUAUGCUGAAAAUAGUUAUCAUUCUAAAGCUUAAGCAGGAUAAGAAUAAAUGCUCCGACAUCUUCGUCAGUAGCAUAACGCACUCGUAUUCUUCCUUCGCCUACAGAGACAGGGUACUGUACGACACGAUCGCUGAGUACGUGUGUGCCAACAUGGAUAGCAUAAAUGUGAAGGCACUUGUUAUUAUCCUAACGAGCUUUGUGAACAUCGAGAUUGUGAAUUUAAAGUUAUUCAAUGCUGCUAUCGCAAAAUUGUCGAGGAGGGAAGUGAUAAAGGGUUUGUCGAACCAGUGUACUUCCAACAUCGUCACCAUAAUUACAAAGUCGUAUAAUUACCUUUGCACGGAGAAGAUGUGCUUCAUUUUGGAAGUUGUGAAGGGACGAUUGCGGAGAGAGUUUUCCCGCACGGGGAUUGGGGCCACCAAACCUACACGAGACAAGCAGAAGGGUGGUGCUACCUUAAAGGAUGCACCACAAAGUGAUACACCGCUGAGCUUGAAACAAUCCAGACAUAGCGCCUUCCUCGAUGGCUUUCUCAUGAAACACCUUACCAAUAUCCUAAACAACCUGAGCAAGAUAAACCACGCGGAUGCCAACCUCUUCGCACUUUUUUCUCACCUCAUUCUAAAAAAAAAAAAAGAAAUAAAUAAGUUGGAUUUCAUGAACAUCACGAGUGCAUACGCACGGUUCGGCUACGUCGACGAGGAAAUUUACAAGCUGAUACAACAUCACGCAAAGAAAUAUCUGGAAGAUAAAAAUUUGAAGUACAUGGAGUUCAUUAAUAUGUUCACUAGCAUUGCUACAUUCUCACUGAUCGAAAGGAACAGGAGGAUAGACCAUCGUAUGGGGGAUCGUUGGAAAGGGGAUCGGAAUGGCCACUUUGCAGAAACCAUUCAUGUGAUGAUGGGGAUGCUGAGGGGGGAGACUCAUAGCAGGUGUGUCCUUGGUGAACAUGAGGGUCAUCCCCCUGAUGAAGAUGCCAACACGAGCAAAAACAGUAUAGGAAACGGGAAUCACACCGGCGAUGUACCUACCCACUCCCCCCCACUGCACCACGCACUCAUCCACGACCGGAAGAAUAUCAUUGACAACCUGAGCGCCAAGCACACCUGUUGCAUCCUUGCAACCAUGAGUAAGUUAGACACACAUGACCGACAGAUAUAUGAACAAUGCGUAAAGAACCUUAAAAAAAAAAUACUUAAGAUGGAUUCAAGAUCCCUAAGCAUGUACCUCCUUUACGUUAGCAAGUUCGGCCUGAUCCCCGAUCGGUACAUAAAAACGCUCAUAUCAAAUAGUUUCAAAACGGUACACCUCAGGAUGGGAAAAAUAAACGUGGAUGAUGCUAAGGGGUACCCAAAGGACCACCUCAACAAGAUAUUCACCCUUUGUACGCAACUGCAAACGGAAGAUAUCGUUAACGCAGUUUAUAUCGUUAGAAGUUUAAUAAAGAACGACCCGAGCUAUAGAGACAACGUGUACGUUAUGUGUGCCUACUUGGAGGGUAUCUACGCCGGAUUGGAAGGUAGAAACGGGAGUGUAGUUAAAAGUAGAACCCCAAGUGGGAUGCAGAGCAAAACCCCGAGAAAAUCCCCUUCCAGACGCGAACCGGACAAAAACAUCGUACAUAUCGGUGACGGGCAAGCAGAGGAUCCCGGUGUCUCCUCUCUGCUAAGUGGACGAAAGUUGAACACACAGACAGCCUGCAUCCUCAUGAACACGCUAGCCUUUAUAAACACACACCUGCACUUGCCAAGUGUAAGAUAUGCCAAGAUUGUUACCUACCUGCUACUCUUCUCCCUUCGCUUCAUGAUUGACCGCCUGAACCUGCGCCAGCCACUGCAGGAACUUCUUUACGAAGACACCUCUCAAAGCGAAAGCAUGAACCGAAACGAAAGCAGAAACCAGGGUGUUCACAGAAAUGGGAACCAAAACUGUAGUGACAUAAAGGGUGUUGUUACGAGGAAGAUCGACUCGGCGAGCAUCCGGCAGAUAAACACAACAAUCUUGAUGAUAUUUCACUUGGGUUCUCUGAACCCGUUUUCCUACUCACCCCAGUGGGAAGUAACCAACUUGGCUAGCUACCCACUAAGGCUACUACAAUAUGUGUACUUCUUUUUAAAAUUCAGCCCCCUAGCCCCAUUUGAAAGAUACACAUCGGUUUACAACUCAGUCGGUAACAGGAGGAAGUUAACUAACUACUGCGGUGGUGGCUACGCUCACGCGCAUCCGACUGGGUUGUCCAGUGAUGUGCCAACUGGGUCGUCGACCGUAUCGUCGACUGGUUUGUCGACCGAUUUGUCGACUGGUUUGUCGAGUGAGCCUCCCCGUGGGGGGUCGCUCCCCUCCAUCUCAGAAGGAGAAAUUAGUAUCUACCAGACAGUCGGGUCGCUCUUGAAGCGGAAGGGCUGCGACGCCAACUGCACUUUGUUGUCCUCGUUUGGCGUUUAUAUGUACUCCGUCGACAUGUUGAUUUUGCGCGGAGGAAAGGGCUCAUGGUAG